GACCAUCCACCCCACUCCCUGACGACAGUCGGAGAUGCUCCGCAGCCUUGGUAUUACAGCGACCCGUGUGGCCGCGUCGGGAGUCCUCGGCGCCGUCCGCCCGCCGUCAUCGAGCCUGCUCUUUGCCGCUACCGCCGGCGCUGCAGCCCCGUCUCGCUCGCUCUCCAUCCAUGAGCACCUUUCACACCAGCUCCUGCGCGAGGCCGGUGUCUCGGUUCCUCGUGGUGGCGUGGCCUUUACCCCCGACGAGGCCGUGGCGGUCGCUGACGAGCUCCCGGGCGAUGAUGUGGUGAUCAAGGCGCAGGUCCUUGCCGGUGGUCGUGGUCUGGGUCUCUUUGAGAACGGACUCAAGGGCGGCGUGCACAUUGUGUUCAAGAACAAGCUCAAGGACAUUGCCUCCAAGAUGCUUGGUGGCAUCCUCCACACCCAGCAGACCCCGCCCGGCGGCCUCCUCGUCAACCGGGUCAUGCUCGCCGAGCGCCUGAUGCUUGAGAAGGAGGUCUACUUUGCUGUCCUCAUGGACCGUCAGUACCGCGGCCCGGUCAUGGUGGCCUCGUCUGAGGGCGGUGUCGAAAUCGAAAAGGUCGCCGCCGAGACGCCCGACCUCAUCUUCAAGGAGCCGGUCGACAUCCGCGAGGGCGUCAAGCGCGAGCAGGUCGAGUCGCUUGCGGCCAAGCUGGGCUUUGAGGGCGACGCCCUCACCCAGGCCGCCGACAACAUGGAGCGCAUCUACGAGAUGUUCAUUGCCAAGGACUGCACCAUGGUGGAGAUCAACCCGAUGGCCAAGCUCACCGACGGCCGUGUCCUCGCCAUGGAUGCCAAGGUCAACUUUGACGACAACGCCUCCUUCCGCCAGGCCGAUAUCUUUGGCCUCGAGGACAAGUCGCAGGUCGACCCGCGCGAGGUCGAGGCCACCAAGUACGACCUCAACUACAUCGGCCUCGACGGCAACGUCGCCUGCCUCGUCAACGGCGCCGGCCUGGCCAUGGCCACCAUGGACCAGAUCGCCCUCCACGGCGGCGAGCCAGCAAACUUCCUUGACGUCGGCGGCGGCGCCACUGCCGAGCAGAUUGCCGCCGCCUUUAAGAUCAUCACCUCGGACAAGCAGGUCAAGGUCAUCCUCGUCAACAUCUUUGGCGGCAUCAUGCAGUGCAACGUCGUCGCAGAGGGCAUCCUCCAGGGCGGCGAGGCUCUGCGCAACGAGGGCAUCGAGCUCCCGCCCGUCGUCGUCCGCCUCCAGGGCACCAACCAGGAGGAGGGCGCCCGCCUGCUCAACGAGUCGGACCUCGGCCUCAUCGCCAUCAACGACCUCGACAAGGCCGCCUACAAGGCCGCCACCAUCGCUCGCAUCGCCGAGGAGGCCGAGCUCGAGGGCUUUAAGGCCAAGUUUACUCUCCAGCAGUAGAGAGCGUCUGUAAACGCGCAUUCCCCGCAGCCA